AAUCACAAUCGGGACAAGUCUCACUUACGGGAGCACUUUGACCGGUACAUUGCCCUCGGUGGGGGAAAGGUUCGUUUUCGACGGAAAAAUGUCCAUGUUUAGAACAGUUACGGCGCGGCUUUACGCCCCAACAAAGCCUCUGAUUCCAAGGUUCAGUAAUGGCCUCAGGAAAUAUGCAACACAGUCACAAACGGAUCUUAAGGAGGUCCUAGCGGCCAUGAUCCCAGUGAAGCAGGAAGAAAUCAAGAGCUUUAGGAGUCAACAUGGUGCCAGUAAGAUUGGGGACAUCCAGAUUGACCAGUUGUAUGGUGGCAUGAGAGGUAUGAAGUCCAUGAUCUGUGAGACAUCUGUACUGGACCCAGAGGAGGGCAUCCGUUUCCGCGGGCUGAGUAUCCCCGAGUGCCAGAAGGUCCUGCCCACGGCGCAGGGUGGGGAGGAGCCCCUCCCCGAGGGACUGUUCUGGCUGCUGGUUACAGGAGACGUCCCCACCCAGGAACAGGCUGAUUGGUUAUCCCGUCAGUGGGCAGACAGAGCUGACCUCCCGUCCCACGUGGUCACCAUGCUGGACAACUUCCCCAACAACCUCCACCCCAUGUCACAGUUCAGCGCCGCCAUCUCAGCACUCAACAGCGAGAGCAACUUCGCCAAGAAGUAUGCAGAGGGCGUGCACAAGAGCAAGUACUGGGAGUUUGCCUAUGAAGACAGUAUGGACCUUAUCGCAAAACUGCCAACCGUAGCCGCCAAAAUCUACCGUAAUCUUUACCGCGAGGGUUCCAGCAUCGGAGCCAUCGAUCCUGAGAAGGACUGGUCGGCAAACUUCACGUCCAUGCUGGGGUAUGAGGAGCCCAUGUUCACAGAACUGAUGAGGCUGUACCUGACCAUCCACAGUGACCAUGAGGGAGGCAACGUCAGCGCCCACACCUGUCACUUGGUAGGCAGCGCGCUGUCUGACCCCUACCUGUCCUUCGCAGCUGCCAUGAACGGGCUGGCAGGGCCCCUUCACGGACUGGCAAACCAGGAAGUGUUGGUGUGGCUGACUAAGCUGCAGCAGGACCUGGGAGGUGAGGUGUCUGAUGAACAGCUGAGGGAUUUCAUCUGGAACACACUGAAGGGAGGACAGGUUGUUCCUGGUUACGGGCACGCCGUGCUGCGUAAGACGGACCCUCGGUACACGUGCCAGCGAGAGUUUGCCCUGAAGCACCUGCCUGAUGACCCCAUGUUCAAACUGGUGUCUCAGCUGUACAAGAUUGUGCCUGGAGUGUUGCUGGAGCAGGGCAAGGCCAAGAACCCCUGGCCCAACGUGGACGCUCACAGUGGUGUGCUGUUGCAGUAUUAUGGCUGUAAAGAGAUGCAAUACUACACCGUGCUGUUCGGAGUGUCUCGCGCCCUGGGCUGCCUCGCCUCGUACAUCUGGAGCCGCGCCCUGGGCCUUCCGCUGGAGCGACCCAAGUCCAUGUCCACCGAGGGACUGAAAAAGCUGGUCGGAGCACAAUAACCCGCUUCACCACAGCCGUAGGAAGAGCUUUAGAACACAUCGUCUUUGAAGAAGUCCACUAUUUCUUCUUUCACACCCCCAAAGAGCUAGAAGCUCUUCACCUUUUGUGAUACAAUUUUAAUAAGCUGGUUUGAAAAUGCCAUGGCUUUUUGUUCCUUCAUUACCUUGGUCCGGCAUUUCCAUUGCAUCCCAUACUGCCUUGCUGCAUUUACCUCAGUCCAUGCUAUCCCACAUGUAUCUAUUGAAAAUAUGUGCUUCCUCCAUCAUACUUUUGUGACAGAAAGAUACAUUGUAUUGUGUGCAAAAGACAUGAAAAAAAUGUAUUUCAAAAUGCUUGUUCAGAAAUUAUAUUAUACACACUUGACGUGCAGUGAGAAAAUUAGAAUUCUUGGCAGACUGGUCUUUGGAGGUGUUGAAAGAAGCUUGGAACUUCCUAGCAUUAAGAAUGGAUCCUAUAGCUAAUAGAAAAUGGCUGAUUUUUCGUGUACGUGACUCUUUGAUAUGUGAGCUGGGAUAUUUUAUCUUGUGCCUGUGAACAUGGCUGACUACAGGGUGUUUUGAAAUAUUGUGUUGACAUGCUAUUUCCUCCCUGAAACUUUCAAAACACAUCUUUACUGUACAUAUUGUGAAAAGAAGUCUAAAAGUGAGCAUCUGUAUUUUAUCAUUUAGACAUUGCAGGAAGACAAGCCACGGUGGAAAAGCUGUCAAACCAAACCACCCUGGAAGACAGCCUUACAUAUACAAUACUUAACAUUAAACAAAUGCAACAAACUCAAAAUAGCCAUCUCAACAGAUUCGAGUCCAGGCGAUGCUACGGAAAGUUCAUUUGUGUGAAAGAGAAGAUUAUGUCAAAGCAACUGACAGUAUUUUUACUGCUGUUCACCGAACAAUGAAGCUCAGUAUUGCUGUGAAUAACCGAACGUGACAAAUAUUUGUGGCCAGAAAUAUUUAUAGCAAAUCACACUCAUGUCUCAAGAUUUGCACUCUGUUUAACACAGAUAAGACAAUUGAGAACAAAACUGUUUUCAGGAUCAACCCCACCUCAUUUUACUUUACUUGAUGUCUACCCCAUGUUAAAGUCCAUCUAUUUUGAUCUUAGCCUUCUUAAUUUUGGUAGUGUUUCAGUAGUAAAAGCAGUGCAGUGGGAAUUGUGUGUGGAAUGUGAUAGUAACAAUGUUUCUUUAUCCUCAUCAAAAAGUUUUGUACUCUGGGAACAAGACCAUAGAAUGAAUUUUAAUCAUGCCUUGACUCUUGUUCCCAGAUUACUACAACUGGGAUUUCUGUCAGUCUUCUAAUAAGAAAUGUUUUGGGAGUCGAGAUGAAAUAAAGAGCUAUAUUUUGUUCUUUGAAAUCGGAAAGUCUCCCAUCUUUGUACAGAUGUUAACUACAACGUGGUCUUUCACAUGUAAGCUGUCUGAAUAUUGUGGGAAUAAUAAACAGGCCUAGUGUCACAU